UGGAGAAGGAGAAGGAAACCCACAAUUACCUCAGCAAAGAGGAAAUCAAAGAGAAAGUUCAUAAAUAUAAUUUAGCUGUCACCGACAAGUUGAAGAUGACCUUGAAUUCAAAUGGGAUUUACACUGGCUUCAUUAAAGUACAGAUGGAACUCUGCAGAUCUCCACAGACUCCCCCGAACUCUGGAAAACCUGCUCCCAGUAGCAAUGGUUGUAUGAACACUCUUCACAUCAGCAGCACCAACACUGUUGGGGAGGUGAUCGAGGCCUUGCUCAAAAAGUUCCUUGUGACCGAGAGCCCUGCCAAGUUUGCACUUUAUAAGCGCUGUCACAGGGAAGAUCAAGUCUACGCCUGCAAGCUUGCAGACCGGGAACAUCCACUCUACCUGCGUUUGGUAGCAGGGCCAAGAACAGACACACUUAGUUUUGUUCUCCGUGAACAUGAAAUUGGAGAGUGGGAAGCCUUCAGCCUUCCAGAACUACAGAAUUUCUUGCGGAUCUUGGACAAGGAAGAAGAUGACCAGUUGCAGAACCUGAAAAAGCGCUACGCAGCCUACAGGCAGAAGCUGGAGGAAGCCCUCAGCGAAGUGUGGAAGCCGGAUUAAGGCGAGGGGCUCCCUGUCACUCAGGGAAUGGCGCAGGACCUGCGUACAGACCAGCAGCGAGGGUCUCUUCCCGGAGGGCUGUUCUCCUGCCCUGUGAUGCGAGGGUCUUCCCCUUUUUAUCUCUAGAUUUAGUUCCCCAAACGUGGUCACGCAGCAUCCUGCACCUUGGGCAUCCUCUCUGCAAGGGACUGUGCAAGCUUGUUCUGUUACAGUACUGCGGUGUUAACCUCCCAGCAAGCUGUGAAUCUGGCGUCUCAUCGCAAGCAUUUGAGAGUACUUUGAAGCAUGGACUCUGGGUUUUUGUUUUUUAUUUUCUUUUGGUUAUUUUAAUUAUGUGAUGAUGAUGUUAAGCUGUAAGGAUGUGCAAAUGAUUUUUUUAAAAGCUUAACAAGGAAUCUAUCUGAAUAUUUGUCCUAUGUUGAAACUACCUGUUUUUGUUUUUUGUUUUUGUUUUUAAAUAUCAGAGGAAACAUCCAUGUAAAUUGAAAUGGCACAGGAAGCCAGGAACGCUGAGGAAUUCGUGAAGGAUUUUGGAGGAGCUUGACAAAGAAAGUAAAGAGCAAGUUUGGAAGAAGGUGUGAGUGGAGGUGGGGAGCGCGGAGGGAGGGUGGUUUGGGCAAAGAGCUGAUAGUGGACAGAGAAAGGUAUAUUUGCUUGCAAAGGAGUUAAAAGCAUUCAGUUUUGAGAUGUUAAACCCAUUGUAGGAUUGUUUGUUUUCUUGGUGAGUAAAAUACAGGGAACAGAGCCAAAGAAAGUAGGAGCUAGACCAAAAAGAGGGACUUGGAACAGCAGCUGACCUGAAAUCAGCAUCCAGGCAGGUGGGUCUUCCAGACCGAGGCCGAGAGCUGGAGCUGCCCUGGGUGGACCAGCACGUGGGUUCCUCCGUUCUGCAGUGGAAGGUCAAUUGGUGCAGCUUCUGGGCAGGUGGAGCAGUGUCCAUUUGCUAACGCCUGUUAAAUUACAGCUUUUCCUCCAGGUUGUUUUCAAAGCUGAAAAGGAGUUUGGGUAGAGGCAGCUUGUGUCCCCCGGAUUGUUAGCUGGGAGAUUGGUCAAUUAAGAGCUCACAGCACACCUUUGUGACAAUCACUCCCUCCGUUUCCCUCAUUUUUCCUUUUUCCUUCCCUUCCCCUCCUUUCUUCCUCCUUCCCUCUCCCUCUCUUCCUUCUUCCUUCGCUUUUAAAUGGAAGUCUGUUCUGACAUAACGGAGAACAGGGUUAUCGAUGACAGACCUAAUACGGUCAGGUCCUCAGUUCCAAAGAGGACGUGACUAAGGCAGAGGGCAGCAAGAAAGGGAGGGAAGUCCACCCGGAGCUGGCCGCCAUAGAAGGGCUCUUUAUGGAAAUAUUUUAACACAAGUGCAUGUUCCUACCAACCAAAGAAAUGCAGGUGCAAUAGAAAGCCUUAAAGCAGGUUAAAUAACCUCAUUUUAUGCAGCAAGUCAUCCGAAAACAAUGGGAAUGGUGUGCUGCGGUUCUAGAGGGGGAUCUACAGUCUGUUUUUUAGUCUCGGUAUUUUUUUGCUGUUGUUUAAAUUCCCAAGGAAUUGUUAACACUUUGGUGACACCUAAUGGAUUCUUUGUGAAAUUCCAAGGUGCUUCAGUUCUUUGCCUUUUAAGUGAACUGUGCCUUUUAUUGCAUUUGUUUCUCUUGGUGGCUCCUCUGACUUGUCAGAGAACACCCAUUUUGCUGGAGGCAGAUGUAAGUGUUGCUUAUGCUGUGCCACACACACGUGACUGAGACAAUCCUAUCUUCCUAAGCUUUUUAAGGAAAGUUGGAAAAAAAAAAAAGUGAAACUAGCUAUAAAAUAUGUAUGGCACAUCUUGUUUAAUUUUGCAUGUAACUUCUUUUUAGUGCAUUGAUGAGGUUUUAGUGUCAUUGUCAUCCAACACUUUACCUUUAUUGUUCAGGGAAUGCCUUCAUGGUUUUUAUACUGGUUUUACUAUUCAUAGUAUGGCUUGGGUUUGAGUAUACUGUUAUCAACCACCUGGUCUUUUCAUUACCCAUCCCAGUAAGCUUAUAUUUUGUGAAGCAUUUGUUUCUCAGAUUAAGACACUGUUAGAACCUAAAGUAGUAGCUGAUGGGCAUCUGUGAAUUUUUUUUUUCUUUACUUGAAGUAAAUUGUCUAAAAUAGGCAUCCUCACCUGUAUUACCCAGAACCUUGCUCAUUGUCAUGUGCACUACAAGUUGCAAUUUGGAAAACUUACUGUACUGAAAUUCUGUCAGCUCGUGGUUCUGGAAGGCUGAUGUUCUCUCCCAAACACUGGUUACUGCAGCAGCAUUGUUAAUGUGUAAAAGAAGGGCCACUAAGGCCUCAGAUUUUAAAAAAUCAUUGUACAAAUUGUUGUGUUAAAUUAAACUAAGCUUUGCUGUAAUACUGUUUUCAAUAUGUGAUGGUACAGGAACGAUGUUAAAUGAAGGGGUAAGUAAGUAUUGCAGGGGAGCAUUUUAAAUUGCAGACAUAAAAAGUUAUAAUAUUUAUAAUUUUGAUGAAUUUAUUUUUUAUAGGGAAGAUUUUCUUCCCUAAAAUUGUUUUUGGAAUGGCAAUUUGUUUCCAUUAUUAAAAGUUAAUGUUGUUAA